AUGACUAAAAACGUCAUAUCGCCCUUUGGCGAGCCUCUGAACGAAGACGCAAAAAAACUAAUCAAAGAAAUCCGCCUAAAAAUCAACCAGCCGAUUCACCCCAAUGUGAUAUUCAUAACAUUUUGAGCAAGUCUAAUCCUAAUUUUUCAGUUUGACACAGAUUUUAAUAUCUAUCGCUUUGCUCUAGCUGCAGAAAAAGUCUACAAAAAGGAUAAGGAGAUCAUUUCACAUGCUUCGAAGGCUUUGAACAAUCAUUUGAGAAUCAGAAAAGCUCUCAAUUUGGUAGACCUUUUUAGAUGAACUAAAACGAAAGCGUAUAGUUUUAGGAUGCUGAGAAAAUUCUGAACUUUGACGAGAAUCCGAUUUUUCAAAAGAAACUCAUGCCCAGAGGGGAUAUUUCUGACAAAUGUGAUGGUCACAAUCGCCUUCUUUGGUACAUUGAAUACGCGACAAUAACUGUCGAGGUUUGAUUUUCUAUUUUUUCUGGACGUUUUUGGAUAUCUUUCAGAGCAUCGCCCAUUCUAUCCAAAGUUCACAGGCUUGUAAGUACCAAUUCUGGCAGUUUGAAUAUAUGCUACGACGGGUAAUGGAACAGGUUCGUUUUUUUUUUCAAAAGUGAGGCUGUAAUUUCUUUCUUAGGAAGAGAAAAGUGGAAAACUGAGCUCCCUGAGGCACAUAAUCGACAUGAACGGCUAUGAAAUAAAUCCAUUCACGAUGCUUUUUGUAACGAGCGGCACUUUGGCCUACUAUUCUCAGUUGUUUCAUUACGAGAACUAUCCAGAACUGGUUAUUUUCUCAAAACCUGAUUUCAAAAGUUUGUCUUUUUUCAGGUGACGCCUGUUGACAUGGUGAACAUUGCCAAGUGGAUUCAUGUCCCUUACAAACUGGCCAAAUCUAUGAUGCCAGCUGGAUUUGCUGACAAGUUCCGUCUGCACGACAAUCAGUAUUUGAAAAAUCUGACGGAAGAUAUUCCUCUCGAGUACAUUCCUACGAGUUUAGGGGGAACUGAUAAUGUGAGUUCACUUUUUUGAAGAGAGUCCUUUUAUCGAGCCUUCCACUUAUCUGGGAUUUUGAAGGUUCAAGAAAUGGUGGAAAAGGGAGAGGCAGCAAAAAUGGUACCUAAGAGCCUAUGAAAUGGCGCAAAAUAGCAGCAAAAAGGAGCCUUUCUCACCCUAAAAAGAGAAUUUCCAUGGAGCCUGACUCUAGCCUUUUCAACUUUUCCUAUGAAAGACAAGUUAAAAAUAUUGAAAAAAUCAUAAAUGAACACAGUCUAGAGCUUCGAAUUCCCUGUACUUCUAACUUGAACCUCACUUAUUCAGACUUACAAGUGCAUCGGAGCAGAGAAAGUCGAGCCAAAAGAUUACUGGACCCCAAGCAAUACGGAGUUAGUAAACGCUUUGGAAACUUUCCACGUUCCUGCGAGAAAAACGCGACACAUCACUUUGAAUUUGCAAACAGCGAAAACCCUCAGCUGGUACUUCCGAACAGACGGAGACAUUUAUUUUGGAAUUUUCUAUGAGGUCGGUUUUUUUCUCAAAUUUUUUUGUUAUAUAAUUUUGAAGGACGAAGAAGAGUUCAAGUCGCGCAAAGAAUCCGAACUGAACAUCGACGCUUUGGAAAUGGUUUACCCGUGGUUGAAGCUGAGCGCCAAACUUGUUCACGAAAUGGACACUUUGAAAUGUGAACGCGUUGGAAGGUAUCGUAAUUAAUUUUCUCAAAGGUUGCUUUAGUGAAAAAAAGCGUCCACUAGGUCGAAAAUACCUAAAAACUUGAUUUUCAGAAAUUCAAAAAAAUUUAAGAUCUGCUCAAAAUAAAUUCGGACACAUUGAGAAUGGAUUUUGAAAUCCCUGCUGCAUGAAACUUUCGGAUAUAGCCCUUCAGUCUUUUCGAAACCAGUUUUCCAAAAAAAAGCGGAUUCUGCAGUACAAAAAAGGUGUUCGAAAAAUUCCCGCACUGAGUCAAAGUUUAUGAAUAUUUUUCUCUUUGCAAAAAAAUGGUGUAAGAAUCUCUUCGUCAAACUUUGGAAAAUAAAUUAAAACUAUGAAAGUCACUCAAGUAAAGUUUCCAGGUACCACAUUGUAUUCUGCAAUAAACAUUCAUGGAUUUCUCGACGCAACGUUGAUUUCUUUGCCCAGGUGAGUUUCAUUAGUUAAUUAAAAAAAUUCAGGUAAUUGAUGAAGAAGGAAACGCUAAGCGACUGCAUUCUGAUGAAACUCUGUCAUCCACAUCCGUUCGAGUUUUCAGCUAAUCCCAAGAAAAAAAAUUGCAAAAAAAUGAAAUUUUUUCGAGUUUUAUAUUAUGCUUUCAUUGUUACUUUAAUGGCCUAGUCAAGUCAUAUUAAAGUCCAGAAAUCUUCUAAUAAACUGUUUAAGUUCCGAGUGUAUGCCGAAACAAGGGUUUUGCAUUUUUGUAAAGAAAUAUUUGAGUUAGUUCGAAUAAUUUUGUCUUGAAUUAUUGAAUUUUGAAUUUUCAUUAAUAUGAUUUACUCAAAGUAAGCAGAUUUCAUUUGCCUUUUUUGGCAUUACUCAAAAUUAGAUCAGAAUAUCUGAAGGCUCAAUUGAGUCAUUUAAAAAAAGAUCCAGACUGAGAAAAGAGACAGGCCACGCCCUUUUGCGUUCCAAGUUAGCCAUAAAUCGGCCAGAAAGCUCGUUGAACUGAUGAAACAUUUAACUAACCGCAGUAAGGGCGCUCAACUCAAAACGAAAUGAAACGAGCGGCCGUGAACGGAUGGCGACGUCGACAAAACGUUGAUUCAGAGACGAAAGCCGUUGCGCCGCCAUCACCACACUCACUUUCGUAGAUUGCAAUUGCCGGCAUACCGCUGAAACUGUUGAAUAUGUGAAUUGAUAGUGAUCAAAUAAUAGAUCACGUGAGAGAUAUCCCAACUAAGAGUAUAAAAGAAGUCGGGAACUCAGAUCUUGAUUGCUCGUACCGCCCACCAUUCGCCUCCAGCUCCUCCGUCGCUUCCAGCUACGGACUAAUCGACAACUACCUCUCCAAUCUCCACUCUCCAUCUUUAUUCACCACUGAUAAUAAAUAA